AACUUAAUCAUCUUUCAUCAUGAAGCUCUAUCAUCACAUUGAGAAGCAUGAGGACUUCUUCCUCCCCUACCAACACGGCCUCAGCCUCAAGCCUGUCGAAGCUCUUGUCAAACACGAGAAAGACAUGGGCUUCUCAGACGUUGAGACUGUCUUUCCUGCGACUGAAGUCCAGAAGGACAUCCUCAAAGAGGAUGUUCAAUGGGCUGAAGCAGUGCUCUUCUCUGGAAAGACGUCUGCUUUGAGCUCUGAGAAGAUCUUUGAUGCAUGGAGAUCUCUGGCAUAUCAUCCAUUCCUGACGGUUGAAGCCAACAAUCGUUCUGACGAGAUCAAUCUCGUACUUCACUUCCAUCGUGCCCUCAUUGACACCACUUCACUUCACACACUCAGACUGGACUGCCUCCUUCAAAUCCACGGUAUCCCUAGUAUCGAAAGUACUGGAUUCACCACCUACACACGAUACCUCGCACAGCAACGCAAGGAUAUCGACUCAUCCAAAGCUUUCUGGUCCAAGACUCUGUCAGAUAUUGCUCCCCAGUCCAUCUUUGGUCUUGAACCUGACGCUCUGGAUGGUCUUAGCCAGGACAGACAUGGUGUCAGUGCCGUCAUCCAGGGCUCAGAGCUAGCCAAGCUCAAUAGUCUUGAGAAAUCUCGUGAAGACUCCAAGUCAUGGCGUCAGACAUUCCUCGAAGCAAUCUGGGCCCAUGUCUUGAGCGCCCACUCCGACUCGGAAGAGGUUCUUUUCGGAACUGUUCGCCGAGAUGCAAACUUUGUGGGCUCAGAUACUUGCGUCGGAUGCCUUGACCAAACCUAUCCCGUCCGGAUGCGAGUUCCCACUGGCGAAGACGCAACCUUCUCUGACCUGUCUGGCUCCCUGGAUGCUUACCAUACGGAAGCCGGUCGUCACGCAUUUAUCGGAUACACUGGAAUCGAGGAGCAGGCCCCAGAUGGCAUGCUGAUCGAAACAGCCGUGAGUUACAGCCAGACAACCAACACCCCCUGCAUCGCGCCAAGCUUGAGGAAGUUCCCUGUCGUCUUGUGCAUCAACGACGCCAGCGUGUUACAGCUUGCGAUCAAAUGCACGACCAAGAUCCCACUGGAGAAGGUUGAAUUGGUCUUUAGACACUUUGUUUCGGCAAUCUUCAGUGCCGCCCAGGGCUUGAGCGCAGUGGACAGAUUCCCUCUAUCAGACAUCCAGCUCGUUUCGGAUGCUGAAAAGCGUCUCAUACUAUCACGAUCUGUCAGCACCCGCAGGGUACAGCCUACGACUAUCCCUGCUUUGUUUGAGAAGACUGCAGCUCGAUACCCUGAAAGAGUUGCCGUUGACUUCCAGGGAGACGCUACCCUCACCUUCUCCCAGCUCAACAGCCUUUCUAAUCAUCUCGCAAGGAGACUCAGGCUCCAGAAGGGUGCUGUGUAUCCUAUCUUGGCUGACAGAUCUCUGGAUCUGGUCGUGACCAUCCUGGCGGUACUCAAGGCUGGGUCAGCGUAUACUGUCCUUGAUCCAGAAUUCUCGGUCAGUCGCCUCGAGCAAGUCGUCAACGACUGCAAUGCAGCAGUGGUUCUCUCUACUCGCAAGUACAUGAACAUGCUCCCAAACACUGUCGACAUUGAACAAGAUUACACACAGCUAAGAACCGAUGCCACACACUCCCUCGACAACACUGAUGGCAUCGGGGUACAUGCCAAGCCUCAAGAUCGCUGUUACAUCAUCUACACAUCCGGCAGCACAGGGAAGCCCAAAGGUGCAGUACUCACUCAUGAAGCUGCCACCAGUGGUAUGCAGCACCACUCUCUGAACGGGCUAAACCGCUGGCUUCUCUUCUACAACCCAAGUUUCAGCGCUGCUCAGCGGACUAUCUUGAGCACUCUUGUCAACGGCGGAACUCUGGUGCUGGCACCCAAAGAGGCACUCACUCGGGAUCUCUGUGGGGUAAUUAAUGCGCUUUCGGUCGAUGCCCUUGGAAUUACUCCUUCCGCCCUUUCUCUUUUGUCUCCCAAGGACGUCCCGAAUCUCAAGAGUAUCACGCUCGUGGGUGAGCAAACCCCACAAGAGCUUGUGAACACUUGGUCUUCUGUCAAGGGCCUUACGCUAAGAAACACCUAUGGGCUAAGCGAGUGUACACAGCUCAACUUUGGAAGACCAUUGACUACAGUUGAUGGACACGUUCCGAACCCUCGCAUACUGGACCCGCCAAUUGACACGACGAGCGUCUUUAUCCUUCGUCAUGGUAGCACUGAGCUCUCACCACCACUUGUUUUUGGUGAACUCUGUCUCGCCGGUCCACAGCUCGCACAAGGCUACAUCAAUGAGCCAGGACUGACCGAGAAAGCCUUCAUCGCCAACCCAUUUGGUCCUGGAAAGCUUUACCGGACUGGUGAUAAGGCUCGAUGGCUUCCCAAUGGUCAGAUCGAGAUUGAAGGACGUGUCGAUAUGCAGGUCAAGAUCAAUGGGCAAAAGGUCGAACCUGCUGAAGUAGAUCGGCUUUUGACGUCAAUUGACGCAAUCAAGGGAGCUGUGACGUUCUCGGUCAAGAUUGAAGAUCGAACAGUCCUGGCCACUGGUAUCGUCCUUGAUGAUGGUACUUCUUUUAGAGAUGCAGUCAACGCAGCGAGGAACCAUCUCCGUGCCAACCUGCCAGUAUUCAUGACGCCCACUCUUUGGAUCCCCAUUGAGUCGGUACCCAGAAACGGAAAUGGGAAGCUCAACUAUCACUUGUUGCGAAGUAAGGCAAAAGAGCUCGGUUUCGCUGGCUUCGCCAAGCUCAUGGAGUUAGGCGACAAAGAGAAUGUGGAGAAAAUGCUCACCGACAUCGAAGAAAAGAUUGCAUCGGUGUGGGCAGAAUCUCUCAAGAUUGACAGUUCUGUCAUUCGCCGAUCCCAUUCCUUUACCGACCUUGGCGGAACUUCCAUUGAGGCCAUACGGGUUGUGUCAGAGCUACGUGAACACGGUCUAGCUACUGAGCUCGGUGACCUGCUGGCCUAUAUCUCUCUCAGUGACGUUGCUUCCCGUGCUCAGACUCUUGGUGCGGAGGAUGAGCAGGACCCGACGCCGUUCUCACUUCUCCAGGACGAGAAGCUGCUCUCAGAGUUGCAGGCGAACCGUGAUAUCAGCGACGCUUAUCCUGUCACACCCUUCCAAGAGUCCAUGCUGGUAUCAGUCAACUCACCCUCAGAUCCAUACACCUAUUCCAGAACUUGGGAUGUAAGUCAACUGGAUCUUUCACGACUGAGAGACAGCUUUGAGCAGGUGUUCAGGUCUCGCGACAUCCUGCGCACCGUAUUCGUUCCACACAAACAGUCCUUUGUGCAGACCGUGAGGUCCAAUGUGGAACUUCCAUGGUUUGAGUCGCAGCAGACACUAGGGGAUUUCCAGCAAAGUGGCGGUGUUCAUCAAUGGGACUUGGAAAAGCCUCUGUGGAAAGCAACUCUGACGUCGGAUCAGGCUCUGGUCGUAACAAUGCACCACUCACUGUUCGACUUUUGGUCCCAUGGGUUCCUGUAUGAUGAUGUAGCGGCAGCCUACAUGGGUAACCUCGUCCCUCAACGCCCAAGCUUGAGCCGAUUUAUUCGAUACUUGCAACAAGAGCUUUCUGCCAAUAGCGCCUCAUUCUGGUCCGGGUACCUCCAAGGCGCUGAAGUGCUCAGGCUGAACAGCAACCAGCUCUACAACACCAGCAAACUCGAGUUCGAUCUCGGAUACAGUCUUACUACACGCGCCAGAAGUGUUGGGUUGACUCUCGGUGCAGUCGUCUACAGCGCCUGGGCCAUCGUUCUGUCUCGGCAGAUGGGAACCAACGACAUCACAUUCGCAACCACUGUUUCAGGCAGAGAAGCUCCUGUCGUUGGUAUCAAUGAUCUCGAUGGACCUACCAUGAGCACUGUGCCACAGAGGAUCAAGCUCGACCCUGAAUCUACCCUCCGAGAAGUCGCCCAGAAGACAGUUGCCUCGUUUUCUCAGCUACUCAAGCAUUCUCAAGUCGGUAUCGCCGCAGCCCUUAAAGCGGGUGCUAUUGGUGCACAAGACAUCGACACUCUCGUCAACAUCUUGAUUGAUGCUAACAAGACCGAGAGGCCACGAAAGUCCCAUGAGGUCUUCAAGAUGCGUGGCUCGCGGCCUCAAUGGGAGUCUGGACAUGGCAUGACGGUUCUGGAGGUCCAAGAGUCACAGGGACAGAGUGACUCUACCAUUCUCCGACUUUCGAGCAACAUAGACCCUCGACGCUUGGGAUUCAUCAAGGACUCAUUGGUCGAGGUGCUAGAGACUUUCUGCAAGAAACCUGAUUCUAUCCUUUCGUCUACCAACAUCAUGGGUGCUGCCGAAUAUGAUCUGGUGUUCAACCAACUCUCCAAUCGGUCGACACUCCGCGUUCCAGAGCCAGAGUUUCUUUACAGCGCAUUCAAGAGAAUUGCACAAGAGACUCCAGAUGCUAUCGCAAUUGACUUCAAUAACAAGGAAACCAUCUCUUACAGAGUCCUCGACAAACUCGCGAAUCGCUUUGCGCAUACACUCAUCGACGCUGGCGUACAACCAGGGGAUCUUGUGCCCAUUAUGCUUGACAAGUCCGUUGAUAUGAUGGUCGUCAUUCUUGGUACAAUGAUAGCUGGUGCAGCGUAUGUUCCUCUGAGUCCCGACAAUCCUACGGACAGAAACUCCUACAUCGUGUCUGACACGUCAGCAAAACUCGUUGUUGUUCAUCCUGGGCAUGUCGAGUUUGGUGACCAUGUCAAGGAAUCACUUGGGGUGAGUACGCUGGUGAUGAAAGGCUAUCAAGAUCUCAGCUCGACGAAUUCCAGAGGCGAAGAUGCAGAUUCCACUCCUGCUGUCCGUCAUACUCCAGACAACCUCGCAUAUCUCAUCUACACCUCUGGAAGCACAGGACUCCCCAAGGGCGUCAAGGUUCCGCACAGAACCGCUGCCGCUGCCGUCACAAGCAUGAUACAAGUCGAAGGUCGCAACCAAGGCAGGUGGAGGACUUUGCAGUUCGCCAACUACGUCUUCGACGCAUCGGUUCAAGAUUUCUUCAACACACUUAGCAGUGGCGGCACAUUAUGUAUGGCCCCGACAGACGUCUUGCUCUCCGAUAUCACAGGCUGUAUCAACCGAAUGGAUGUCCGUCAGGCUAUCAUCACACCAACAGUUGCCAAGUUACUCAACCCAGCAGAUGUCCCACGAUUUGAGACACUGAUCGUUGGAGGUGAGCCGCUGACCUCGGACGUCAUCAAGACUUGGGCGCCACAUUGCAGCAUCUUGAACGUCUACGGACCAACUGAAACAUCCAUGGUGCUUGGAGUUCGGAUGUACAGAACUGGUGAUUUGGCACGAUGGUUACCUGAUGGCGAGAUCGAGUGUCUUGGUCGUAAGGACAACCAGGUCAAGAUUCAUGGUCACCGCAUUGAACUUGGAGAGGUUGAGAAUGCCAUUCGGAACUCGGGUCUUGUCAAGGACGCCAUUGCUGUUGCUGCCAAAGUUCAUGAUAAGGUCCACCUGGUUGCGUUCUGUACCUUCAACGACGAUGUUGCUGCUGGAACGGAUAGCACUGGCAUCAUCGACCCUUCCAAGUUGAGAGACACCUUUACGAAUCUGCACGAGAAAAUUGGAUCGUUGGCGACUUAUAUGAUUCCCAAGUUUGUCAUUCCCAUGGCCGAUUUCCCGAAGCUGCCUUCACGAAAGGUUGACCGCAAGGCAUUGAAGAAGAUGCUGGAUGACCUCGACCGGGACUUGUUAUCGCAAUGCGUGCUUGAGUCUCCCAGCCAAGGCCACACCAUCGUGCCUGUAGAGACCCUAUCUGAGAUUGCUUUGGAGUCAGUCUGGGCGGAAAUCUUUGGCCUACCGACCGAUCAAAUCGGACGUGAGGCAAACUUCUUGGCCUUAGGGGGUGAUUCUAUUUCGGCAAUCAGUCUCACCGGCCAUCUGCGCAAAAUCGGCUAUCAUCUCACAGUACUCGACAUUCUCCAAUCUCCCAAACUCAAGGACAUGGCUUCUGCGAUGCGAAGACUGGAGACAGAAGCAGGAGGCAGGAAAAUGGUCUUUAAUGUUCCCGAGAAUGUCAAGGAGGCCAUUGAAAGCACUGGGCUUACGUGGAAUGAUCACGUUGAGUAUGCAUACCCUUGUCCACCCGGCCAAACAGAGUUCUUGAAGCAGGGCGGUCGAGACUCCCAGAUGUGGGUGCUUCAGACCGUGCGACGCAUGACUGGUGUCAUCGAGCCAGAUGCCUGGAUCAAAGCCACCACCCAACUGACCCAAGCCAACGACAUCUUGCGCACAACCUGGCUAGCGGCUUCUCCCGGGAACUGGGUAGGAGUUGUUCUUCGCGAUGCGCAGCUCAACAUCACAACUGUCGCCCUGGACUCUGAGGAUGAGAUAUCCAACUUUCUCGAGGACUUCUGGCGAACACGCUUCGAGUUCGGCCGCCCCUUCAUCAAGUACGCCAUCAUCACCCACGGAGAUUCUUCCUGGGACCUAGUCAUCAAGAUGGACCACGCUGUAUACGACGGAACGCUUCUACGUGUCUUUGAUCAACACUUCGAGAAAAUUCUACAAGGCAAGCCUGUGCCUCCUCGCGUCGAGUUCCGUGAUUUUGCUCAGCAUGUCUUUGAGCAAGACAACUCAAGGGCGCUUGAGUACUGGAAGGACAAGUUCUCCCAAGCAGGGCAGUCCUCUCAGAUUCUUCAUGGUAGGGAUCUCAGUGGGUUGAGUGAACCUCAGGUCACCGCCAGUUUCAAGAUGAAGGUGGAUACACGCGGCAUCGAUCAAGUGGCAAGGAACUAUGGCGUCACCCCGAGUAUCAUCUUCCAGGCUGCUUUCACGCUUUGGUUGGCUAGGGCGACCAAGAGUGAUCAUGUUCGAUACGAUUAUCUCCUCAGCGGACGAAACGUCGCACUCCCUGAUCCUCAGUCCAUCAACGGAACUCUAGCCAACUUCUUGCCGAUCUGGACCGGAACGAGCUCCACUGAAAAGGUCUCAGAUCUUCUUACGAGAUUACAAGAGGACUUUUGGGCUGUCACGGAGAAUGGUCUUGUCGGACUUGACGAUAUCUACCAGACACUGGAUGUUUCACGCGCGGCUCAUGGGAACAAGGUCUUGUUUCUGUCGCAGCCAUUCGAUCCGGUUCCCUUGGAUGAUGAAACAACCCGGAAUCGAUGGCUUGUUAUGGCCAAGUCAAAGGUGCGAAUGUAUCAGCCGUAUGCGCUUGUAGUGGAGGUAUCGAAGUCCUUUGGUGAUACUUCGAUAUUGAAAGUCAUGUACGAUGAGAAGGUCUUUGAUCAUGGGAUGGCUGAAGAAUUUGCUUCUGAGAUCACUGGGCUAGUAUCGGCUAUGAUGCAGGAUGAAAAGAAGAGUAUGACUGUUGAGGAAGUCUAG